AUGCUGCAGCUUCUGCAGCGAGCCACAUCCCCUCCAAAGCACACCCUGACAGAGCUCCGCCCAACCCCGUCAACAGUGCAAUACACCGUUUCAACGCGCACGGCGCCAACCACGCUGCCGCAAUGGACGAGGUACUAUUUCUUUAUCCUCUUGCGGAUAUUCCUGGGGGUAUGCGCGCUUCUAGCGCUGGGGCUAAAAUGGGCGGUCCAUGCUGGAUAUCACUCCCAUGCUGGUUGGUGGAAAUGGAUAUGCGAUACCAUAUUCGGAGCGCAUAAGGCGCGGGUGAUACAGAGCGUAGAGGCAGCUCAAUGGCGAUAUUUCAUUCCCUGCGCCGUCUUCGUCCUCUACCUCGUCCUGCGUCGCGGCUACACUGAAGAAGCCCUCCUUAUCCUCCCUUCCCUCGGUCUCCAAACCCUCACAUCCAGCCCAACGUACUUCCCCUUCCUCUCCGCCCCGACAACGCGCUUUAUCCCUACUCCCUCCAUCCAGGACAUCUUCAUCCACGAGGCGUUUCGCGGUUUCGAAGUGCGGUUCUAUCUCGCGGUGGUCGUGAAGGGGGAGCCGGAAGUGGUUGUGGUGUUUCCGAAGCUUUUGCCUAGGAGGGCGGUGUUGGAGAGGGUUUGGAGAGGGGUGAGAGAUGGGCUGUGGGAGGGCGGCGGA